GAAAAAAAAACUCGUAAAUAUUCAUUUGUCAAAACCUGCUGAGUACUACUGUCACAUAAUACAGCUAGCUAGCUAGCUUAGAGAGAGAAAGAGAGGGAGAGAGAAAGAGGAAAAAGAAAAAAGAAAGUCUCUCUCUUGGUCUGAGGUUGCACUCUCAUCACUCUGUCUAUGUACGCAUAAAUAUAUGCAUACAAUACAUACUGCACUCAUCAAUUCGUUGGAAAAAAGGAAAGAAAGGAGGACAUUUUUGAAGAGGAGAAAGAAAGAGUAGAGAGAGAAAGAGUAGAGAGAGAGAGAGAUGGUGAGAGAAGGAUAUGGCUCAGGUAUGGAUACGAGUAUGAAGCCUGCAUGGCUAGAGGGUCUGAUAGCUGAGACAUUCUUUGGUGGUUGUGGGGUCCACGAGAAUCGCAGGAAGAACGAGAAGAACGUCUUUUGCUUGCAGUGUUGCCUUAGUAUUUGCCCCCACUGCCUUCCUUCUCACAGCUCUCACCCUCUUCUCCAGGUCAGACGAUAUGUUUACCAUGAUGUUGUCCGAUUGGCCGAUCUAGAAAAGCUUAUUGACUGUUCCUUUAUUCAGCCCUAUACCAUAAAUGGUGCCAAAGUGAUAUUCUUGAAUCAGAGGCCACAGUCCAGGAUUGUCAAAGGCUCUGCCAAUAUUUGCUUCACUUGUGACAGGAUUCUUCAAGAGCCAUUCCACUUCUGUUCUCUCUCAUGCAAGGUUGACUGGCUGGUUAACCAAGGGGAAGAUUUAAGCACCAUAAUCUUCCGGUUCGACGAAUCGGAUUUCACGAUUUCCCAGUUCGAGGGACUGAGGAUGGACGGUUCAGAUGUGAUCACUGAUGAUGAUGGUCCGAUUCUUGAAGAUGCAUUGCAGAACAGGCCCUUGUCAGGAUCAGGUUCCCACGAGGCCACGAGCAAUUCGGCCACCGUCGUCGUCGACGCCGCGGCAAAGAAGAAGAAGAAAAAGGGCAGUGGAUUCUUUCCUGAAAUUCUCUUAGGAAACAGGAGGAAGGGUGCUCCUCAAAGGGCUCCUCUUUCCUAGACAACGGUGCCGUAUAAAUAUAUAUUAAUAUAUAUUAUAUAUAAAUGUACUUAUUAGGUAUCAUAAUUAACUUAGGGUUAUUAUUAAUGUUAUUGCCAAUAUAAGUUCCCAUUUAAUGUUAAUGGCAUGGCUGCUGGUGUCUGUAUUGAGCCUUAUUUACUGUUUCUUUCUUUUUUUUUUUCCCUCCUUAAAGCAUUUCCAUUACCGAUUUCAGGUGGCUGUGGAGGCACUAAAAUUUAGGCUCUCAACUCUACCAAUUUUGUAUUAAUUAUGUAAUGGAACUUGUUGCGCUCAAACUAAAUUGGGAGCAUGCCAAUUGUAUUUUUAUUUG